AGGAGCUGUCCAUAGGCCUUGGUGCUGGAACAAAAUGGCUGGCUGCUAGCGACCAGAGUGAGGGGCAGCCCACACAGAGGCAGAUGGAGCAGUAUGCAAUUUUCUAGCAAGCACACACCCUUUCCCAAGCAGGCACCCAGCUAACAGCUCACUCGGAAGUCCCCUGGAGCCGCUGUGGUAGCAGACAAGAGGACGUAACAUGUCUUUGCUCUGCGUUGGAGUUAAAAAAGCCAAGUUUGACGGGGCCCAAGAGAAGUUCAACACCUACGUGACGCUGAAGGUGCAGAAUGUCAAGAGCACAACCAUCGCAGUGCGGGGGAACCUGCCCUGCUGGGAGCAGGACUUCAUGUUUGAGAUUAACCGGCUGGACCUGGGGCUGACGGUGGAGGUGUGGAACAAGGGGCUGAUCUGGGACACCAUGGUGGGGACGGUGUGGAUCCCCCUGCAGACCAUCCGGCAGUCCAACGAGGAGGGCCCCGGGGAAUGGCUCACCCUCGACUCCCAGGUCAUCAUGACCGACAACGAGAUCUCUGGCACCAAGGAUCCCACCUUCCACCGCAUCCUGCUGGACACCCGCUUCGAGUUACCGCUCGACAUCCCCGAGGAGGAGGCCAGGUACUGGGCGAAGAAGCUGGAGCAGCUGAAUGCUAUGAAGGAUCAGGAUGAUUACGAGUUCCAGGAGGAGCAGGACAAACCGCUCCCCGUGCCCGGCUCCCAGUGCUGCAACUGGAAUUAUUUUGGCUGGGGAGAGCAGCAGAAUGACGACCCCGACAGCACCAUGGACGACCGGGACAGCGAUUACCGAAGCGAGACCAGUAAUAGCAUCCCGCCUCCGUACUACACCACGUCCCAGCCCAACGCCUCGGUCCACCAGUAUCCCAUGAGGCACCAGCAGCAGAGCUCCCGCGACUCGUACACGGACUCCGUGCAGAGCUACGAGAUGGACUACUCGGAUCAGCGGCCCAUCAGACGCUACGAUAGCGUCGAUUCUGCCACAAACGGGCGCAGCGACGCUGAGUCCGCCUCCGAGUCGAGCAGGCGGACCAGCCGCCAGUUCUCCCUUGAGAGCAGGCGGUCCCUAGACCUAUCGGAUAGCCCCACCGGGAGCAGCCGCUAUGCCUCGUCCGGGGAGCUGAGCCAGGGCAGCUCCCAGCUGAGCGACGACUUCGACCCCGACAACGAGAGCCUGCGGGGCUCGGAGCUGGACGAGCGGGACGGGGACUCCUACCACUCCUGCCACAGCUCCGUCAGCUACCACGACGACUCGCCCCGCUGGGAGGAGGACUUCUACCCCGAGGAGGAGGACGAGGACUACAGCGAGAAUGAGCAGGACUACCCCAAGGUGGAGGCCGAGGUGCCGCGGGACCAGGAGGCAGACGAGGCCAAGCCCCCGGUGCACGAGCCCUACCCACCGCCGCCGGCGAAGCAACAAGUGCCCCUGCCACAGGUGCCAGCACUGAAGCAGCAGCAGGAGAGGAAAGAAGAGAAGGCAGCGUAUGUCCCGGAGGAAACUCCGGAGAUCCCCCAGGAAAAGCCAGCAGCGGAGGAGCCCCCAGUCCCAGAGAGGGAGCCGGAGCCCCCAAAGCCAGCAGAGGGAGAGCGGGAAGAGGUGGAAGUCCAGGACGCCAAGUCCCGAGCCAAGGCCAACUGGCUAAGAGCAUUCAACAAGGUUUGCAUGCAGCUGCAAGAGGCCCGGGGAGAAGGAUCUGGCGAGGCGAAGUCGCUGUGGUUUAAAGGCGGGCCUGGCGGCGGUCUGAUCAUUAUUGACAGCAUGCCCGACAUACGAAAGAGAAAGCCAAUCCCCCUAGUUAGCGAUUUGGCUAUGUCGUUGGUCCAGUCCAGGAAAGCCGGAAUCACGUCAGCACUAGCAUCAAGCACCUUAAACAACGAAGAGCUAAAAAACCAUGUUUACAAAAAGACCCUUCAAGCCUUAAUCUACCCCAUCUCCUCCACGACCCCCCACAACUUCGAGGUGUGGACCGCCACCACCCCCACGUACUGCUACGAGUGCGAGGGGCUGCUGUGGGGCAUCGCCCGGCAGGGCAUGCGCUGUACGGAGUGCGGGGUGAAAUGCCAUGAGAAGUGCCAAGACCUGCUGAACGCAGACUGCCUACAGAGAGCGGCCGAGAAGAGCUCCAAGCACGGGGCGGAGGACCGGACCCAGAACAUCAUCAUGGUGCUGAAGGACCGCAUGAAGAUCCGGGAGCGGAACAAGCCCGAGAUCUUCGAGCUGAUCCAAGAGAUCUUCGCCGUCUCUAAAGCCACCCACACCCAGCAGAUGAAGGCCGUGAAGCAGAGCGUGCUGGACGGCACCUCCAAGUGGUCGGCCAAGAUCAGCAUCACAGUUGUCUGUGCCCAGGGCCUGCAGGCAAAGGAUAAGACAGGCUCCAGUGACCCGUAUGUUACUGUCCAGGUUGGAAAGACGAAAAAAAGGACUAAAACGAUCUAUGGAAAUCUAAACCCGGUCUGGGAGGAGAAUUUCCAUUUCGAAUGCCAUAACUCCUCCGAUCGGAUCAAGGUGCGGGUCUGGGAUGAGGACGACGAUAUCAAGUCCCGCGUCAAGCAGCGCUUUAAGAGAGAAUCCGACGACUUUCUGGGCCAGACGAUCAUAGAGGUCCGGACACUGAGCGGGGAGAUGGAUGUCUGGUACAACCUAGACAAGCGGACGGACAAGUCGGCCGUGUCCGGAGCCAUCCGGCUGCACAUCAGCGUGGAGAUCAAGGGAGAGGAGAAGGUGGCACCGUACCAUGUGCAAUACACCUGCCUGCACGAGAACCUCUUCCACUUCGUGACGGACAUCCAGAACAACGGGGUGGUGAAGAUCCCCGAGGCCAAGGGGGACGACGCCUGGAAGGUGUACUUCGACGAGACGGCCCAGGAGAUAGUGGACGAGUUCGCCAUGAGAUACGGGGUGGAGUCCAUCUACCAGGCCAUGACUCACUUUGCCUGCCUGUCCUCCAAAUACAUGUGUCCCGGAGUGCCGGCCGUGAUGAGCACCCUUCUAGCCAACAUCAACGCAUACUAUGCCCACACCACUGCCUCCACCAACGUGUCUGCCUCAGACCGCUUUGCUGCUUCCAAUUUCGGGAAAGAACGUUUCGUCAAGCUGCUGGACCAGCUGCACAACUCGCUCCGGAUUGACCUGUCCAUGUACCGGAACAACUUCCCUGCCAGCAGCCCGGAGAGGCUGCAGGAUCUCAAGUCGACGGUGGAUCUGUUAACUAGCAUCACCUUCUUCCGAAUGAAGGUGCAGGAGCUGCAGAGCCCGCCCCGGGCCAGCCAGGUGGUGAAGGACUGCGUGAAAGCCUGCCUCAACUCCACCUACGAGUACAUCUUCAACAACUGUCACGAGCUGUACAGCCGCGAGUACCAGACCGACCCGACAAAGAAAGGCGAGGUCCCCCCCGAGGAGCAGGGGCCGAGCAUCAAGAACCUGGAUUUCUGGUCCAAACUCAUCACGCUGAUUGUUUCGAUUAUUGAAGAGGAUAAGAACUCCUAUACACCCUGCCUGAACCAGUUCCCCCAGGAGCUGAACGUGGGUAAGAUCAGCGCCGAGGUGAUGUGGAACCUCUUUGCUCAGGACAUGAAAUAUGCAAUGGAAGAGCAUGACAAGCAUCGCCUGUGUAAAAGUGCUGACUACAUGAACCUGCACUUCAAAGUGAAAUGGCUUUAUAACGAGUAUGUGACCGAGCUCCCUGCCUUCAAGAGCCGUGUCCCCGAAUACCCCGCCUGGUUUGAGCCUUUUGUUAUCCAGUGGCUGGAUGAAAACGAGGAGGUGUCCCGAGAUUUCCUGCAUGGAGCGCUGGAGCGGGACAAGAAGGACGGGUUCCAGCAAACCUCUGAGCACGCUCUCUUCUCCUGCUCCGUGGUGGACGUCUUCUCCCAGCUGAACCAGAGCUUUGAGAUCAUCAAGAAGCUGGAGUGCCCCGACCCGCAGAUCGUCGGGCACUACAUGCGGAGGUUUGCCAAGACCAUCAGCAACGUGCUGCUGCAGUACGCCGAGAUCAUCUCCAAGGAUUUUGCUUUGUACUGCUCCAAGGAGAAGGAGAAAGUGCCCUGUAUCCUGAUGAACAACAUCCAGCAGCUCCGUGUCCAGCUGGAGAAGAUGUUUGAAGCCAUGGGGGGGAAGGAGCUGGACGCCGAGGCCAGCGACAUCCUGAAGGAGCUGCAGGUGAAACUCAACAACGUCCUGGAUGAGCUCAGCAGAGUUUUUGCCACCAGUUUCCAGCCGCACAUUGAGGACUGCGUGAAGCAGAUGGGCGACAUCCUGAGCCAGGUGAAGGGCACCGGGAACGUCCCCGCCAGCGCCUGCAGCAGCGUCGCUCAGGACGCCGACAAUGUCCUGCAGCCCAUCAUGGACCUUCUGGACAGCAAGUCAGGCUUUGCCUGUGGGGGUGGGCCCAACUUGGCCUGCCGUGUGCUUGGCUGGAGGGGGGGGGCUCACGCCUUGCUUUGCCGUUGCGGAGCAGGAGCUGGCGUGGAUGACCCAGUCGGGGAGGUGUCGAUCCACGUGGAGCUCUUCACUCACCCUGGCACCGGGGAACACAAAAUCACUGUCAAAGUCGUGGCUGCUAAUGACCUCAAGUGGCAGACGUCCGGCAUCUUCCGGCCCUUCAUCGAGGUCAACAUCAUCGGGCCCCAUCUCAGCGACAAGAAGAGGAAAUUCGCCACCAAGUCCAAGAACAACAGCUGGGCCCCCAAAUACAAUGAAAGCUUCCAGUUCACCCUGAGCAGUGAGACGGGCCCCGAGUGCUACGAGGUGCAGGUGUGCGUCAAGGACUACUGCUUCGCCCGGGAGGACCGCACGGUGGGCAUCGCUGUGCUACAGCUCAAGGACAUUGUGCAUCGGGGCAGCUGCGCCUGCUGGCUGCCCCUGGGCCGGCGCAUCCACAUGGACGACACGGGCCUCACCGUCCUGCGCAUCCUCUCGCAGCGCAACAACGACGAGGUGGCCAAGGAGUUUGUCAAGCUCAAGUCGGACACGCGCUCGGCCGAGGAAGGCAGCAGUUAAGGGCCUCAGCAGGUGUAGAACAUCCCCAGCACCACCCCCCUCCUGCCCCUUUUCUACAGCAUCCUCCAGCCACGUAAAAGCCAUACAGGUCAUCCACAGCCCCCCCCCCACCAGAUAGGGAAGGGAGCCCCCCCCUCCGGGAAGCCCUUGCCACAAGCAGGCUCCUGCUUCCCAGUGCCAAGGAUCGAAGCAGGCACUCUGUGCCCCUCCCUGCAUUCCUGGGCUACAGCUCAAGGGCACUGCUCCAGCUGCCAUGGGGCAGGGAAGAUGCAGCCCCCAGGGAGCGCAAGCUGCCCUCACUGCUGGCAGGGGUGGACUUAGCGCCUCUUCCCGAACCUGUUUCUGUCACGACAGAUGCUGGGAGAGGCAGAAGCCGAGGCCUGGAGCUAACCGUGAGGCAGGAGUGUUUGAACAAACAUGAGCCACCCAGUAUGGCCACAAGGUUGGCACAGCACUGCCCCCAGCUUCCAAGGGGAAGCAAGGCUCGAUCCCAGCCCUUCCAGCCCCCCCACACUCAUCCCUGAGCUCCAGGAGAAUCACCCUAGCUGGUAGCAGUAUAGGGGACAUGCCACAUUGGUGAGUAGUUUGAUUCCCUCCAGCAGGAGGCGGCAUCACAUGUCCAAACUGCCCUGUGGUCAUGGCAACCUCAUUCAGCAAUAGAGAUGAGCCAGGCAGGAAUGGGCACAGGGAGGUUGAGCCGGGCUCCCUUCAAGGCGCGUGGCUGCUAAGGCCACACGCGGGCCAGCGUCAGCCUGCUUCAGCGGGCGCUCUGGGAAUCCGCUGCCCCUCACGCCAUAGCGUGCCACAAGCUGUGUCCGCACUAGCCAAGCCCUGGGCAGGUGGCUCAGAGUAGCGUAGACAUACCCUUAGUCUGAGGCCAGGCAGCAGGGCUGGGGCCGAGCUCGUCCACCCAGGCCAGCAGCAGGAGGGUGCUAGCAGGAAAGCAGGGCAGGGGCGAUGUGAACCAGGACCACUGCCAGGUCCCUGCCACGGGGCUGCACACACGGGGGGCGGUGUCACGCUAAGGAACCCGGAUCCCAGCUCUAACCUCCCUCCCCGGCGGGCUCAGAGACCAGCGCAGCUGGGAGGAGGCAGCGCCUGCAUUGGGACAGGGAUGUGCAAACCUCAUCUCCCCCCAUCCCCGCAGGCAGCCCUUCCUGCGGGGCUGAAGCGGGGUAGCCUCCCUGGGCGAGAAGGCACAGCAAAGGGGGGACUCAGGGUCGAGGGCCUGUCCUUGCCCUCCUGCGUGGGGGAGCAGGUGAGUAAAUGAACACCGGGUGCCGGCCGGUGGAGGCGAGAGGGAGUGAAAAUGGGGCCGCAGCCUGGGUGCAAGUGAGUUAGCUGCAGCAGGUGGGACAAGGGGAGGCACCGUCGCUUUACAGGAUAAAAGGCAAAAUAUUGUGCCAAGAGCCCCCCCAUCCGCUGGGCAUGGCUGGCCGAGUCAUGGCCCUGCGAGCCCUGCGCUGCCAGCCGGAGUGAAACCCCCUCCUCUACCCAGGAGAGUGCCAACGCCGUCGCUUUCCGGCGGGGACCAUGCCGCCCUCUUCCACACCCCAUCCCUUCCCAGCAGCCUCGUGGGACCCCAUCCCCACCUUCAUUGCAGCUUCCAGCCCUUCCCGCCCCCACGUGCACCGCUGGCCAGGGGGGUCAGGCGACCUUCGCCCACGGUCACACCCAGCCCUGGAAGGGGCACAGCAGCGGGGCCAGGCCCAGGGGCAGCACUUCCUGAUUUAGCAGAGCCGAGUGCAUGGGGCCCAUAGGUCAGGGUGGGCUCCAGAGUCUUUGCCACGGCCCCAGCAGCUGUCCAGGAAGGCCGGAUCCUGUAGGCAGAACAGCCGCAGGUCAGGCCAGAGGCAGAGCUAAUCCCACUUGGGGCCCUGGGCCAGGGCUUGGUGCCAACCUCCCCAGCGUCUCUUAUGCUCACUCCCAGCAGCCCCAGUGACUCAGCACCGCCUGGGCCCUGCUUACGCAGUGACAGCUCUGGCCACGUGCAAGAGCCGUGCCCCGGCCCCCGCUGACGAGGGGCCUGAGUGACAGGAGGCUCCCCACCCACCCCCUCUAAGGGCUUGAGUCAGACCAGGCACUGCAGUGCCCAUGCAACGCGGCUAGGCCCAGCGUAGUGGGGGGAGGCCCAACCCACUGCUCCUCGUGCCAGCCCCUCGUCCCUGUCCGUGGCAUGCAACCGUCUACCUCCCCGCAGGCACAAUGGGGGCACAGCAGCCUCCACGCACAGGCCCCAGUGCCCCCCUCCCUGCCCUGCCAGGUACCAGCCUUGGCAGCUGUGGUUUGAGUUGCACCAGGGAGCUGUGCCCAGGGAGAGGGGGCAGGACGGCCUGGCCCCCGCAGACAGCUCUGUAAAUAUGUAAAUAGCUGUAAAUACAGACGGUUUUUCCAUGUUCUUUACCCGACUGCAACAGCUCCGAAGGGCUAUUGCGGCAGACCACGGCCAUACGGCGCAGGGGACGGAGGUGCAGCCUGUGUGACCCAGGGCACUGCCCCCAGCCCCAUGCCCUGCUCACUCAUCCAUGGGCCCUCAGUCCUGCCCCCACCCCCGGCAAAGGCACAGCCUGGUCCCAGCCCCCUCCCCUUAGAGAGGAACCCCAAAUCCAGGCAGCUGCCCCUGAUUCUAAACACCCACCAGCCCCUUCAGAGCCUCCAAGAACAGAGUCCAGUGCAAGCUCCUGGCUCGGCCCCUAGCCAGACGCGGCCACCUGGG